AUGGCUGCUAACGGCUCCGCUUCCGCACCCGCCCGCGGCGAGGUCCUCCCCGCCGCCGACGCCAUCAAGUUCCUCGAGCAGUACCCCCGCGGCGACGGCCUCUCGCUCAGCGAGCUCAUGGACUCGCAGGCCCACGGUGGUCUCACGUACAACGACUUCCUCAUGCUCCCCGGUCACAUCGACUUUCCCGCGUCCGAGGUGUCGCUCCAGACGCGUGUGACGCGCAACAUUGUUCUUAACGCUCCCUUCCUCUCGUCGCCCAUGGACACUGUCACCGAGGACCGCAUGGCGAUCGCGCUUGCGUGCCACGGUGGCCUUGGCAUUAUUCACCACAACUGCUCGGCUGAGGAGCAGGCCGCCAUGGUCCGCAAGGUCAAGAAGUACGAGAACGGCUUUAUUACCGACCCAGUGUGCCUCGGCCCCAACGGUGUCGUCGGCGACGUCCUUGAGAUCAAGGACCGCAUGGGCUUCUCUGGUGUGCCCAUCACCGACUCGGGCAAGAUUGGCGGCAAGCUCCUCGGUAUCGUUACCGGUCGUGACGUCCAGUUCCGCAACGACAAGACUCCUCUCAAGGACGUCAUGACCCCGCUCAAGGAGACUGUUACCGGUAACGCCGACAUUACGCUCGAGCAGGCCAACGCGAUCCUCCGCGACUCGAAGAAGGGCAAGCUCCCCAUCAUUGACGACUCUGGUCUCCUCGUUGCCCUUGUCGCCCGCGCCGAUCUCCUCAAGAACCAGACCUACCCUCUCGCUUCCAAGGCGCCCUCGAGCAAGCAGCUCUACUGCGGUGCUGCGAUCGGCACCCGCCCUGGCGACCGUGACCGUCUCAAGCUUCUUGUUGAGGCCGGCCUCGACGUUGUCGUCCUCGACUCGUCGCAGGGCAACUCGGUGUUCCAGAUUGAGUUUAUUCGCUGGAUCAAGAAGACGUUCCCCAAGCUCGACGUUAUUGCCGGCAACGUCGUGACCCGCGAGCAGGCCGCCCAGCUCAUUGCCGCUGGCGCUGACGGUCUCCGUAUCGGUAUGGGCUCGGGUUCCAUCUGCAUCACCCAGGAGGUCAUGGCUGUCGGCCGUCCCCAGGGCACGGCCGUGAACGCUGUCUCGGAGUUUGCGUCGCGCUUCGGUGUCCCCACCAUUGCCGACGGCGGUAUCGGCAACAUUGGUCACAUUGCCAAGGCCCUCUCGCUCGGCGCGUCCGCCGUCAUGAUGGGCGGUAUGCUUGCCGGCACCACCGAGUCGCCCGGAGAGUACUACUACCACGAGGGCAAGCGUGUCAAGGUGUACCGCGGCAUGGGCUCGAUCGAGGCCAUGGAGCACACCCAGACGUCUGGCAAGGGAGGCAAGUCUGGGCUCGCGGCUAACAACGCCGCCACGGCCCGUUACUUCUCCGAGGCCGACACGGUCAAGGUCGCCCAGGGUGUCUCGGGCGACGUGCAGGACAAGGGCUCGGUCAACAAGUUUGUUCCCUACCUCUACACUGGUCUUCAGCACUCGCUGCAGGACUCGGGUGUCCGUUCCGUCAAGGACCUCCAGGAGGGUUGCCGCUCGGGCAAGGUGCGCUUUGAGCUGCGCACGGCCAGUGCCCAGCUCGAGGGUGGCGUCCACGGCCUCAACUCGUACACCAAGCGUCUCUUUGCCUAG